AUGCCAAGUGGAAUAUUGAUUUUUGUGGGUUGGGUUGUACAAUUGUUUCUAUGCUUUUAUGCCAUUCGUUUUAUUUCUAAUACGAUUACUCGGUGUAUUUUAACAUGUUUGCCGUGUCUAUUACUCACAUAUAUGGUUACUUGCGAAGUUCCUCCACUUCUAAUGACUUCUAUGUUAGCUGUGACGUAUUGUUGGUUAGCAUCUAUUCGUUUAAUUCACUUAACUAUACUUUCACCAAAUCAAUGUUCAACGUUGCGUUCUUUUAUCUUCAAAUUUUUAUGGAUGUUUUUUCCUAUUGUGCCUUGCGCACCUGAUUACAAAGAGCAGUGGCCAAUUUUUUAUGAUUUAAUAUCAGGUGCUGUUAAAUUGUUAGUAAACCAUUGGAUGUAUCGCUGGCUUCUCACGUGUCCAGGAAGUGAUAGCUAUGCUAGAUUAAUCAUGUUCUAUAUUUACGCAUUAGCAUUCACGUUUCUAUCGGAUUUUCAAAGUGCUAUUCUUCGAACUGUUACUCGUGAUAAAUAUAUGCUUAAAUCUAUUACUAACGUUCCAUUAAUAUCACGAUCAUUGCGUGAAUUCUGGGGCCGCCGAUAUAAUCAACUAAUUGGUACUAUUCUUCGAGAAUCUGUUUUUCAGCCAGCUCUUCAACAUUCAUCUUCACCGAGUGUUGCCGCAUUAAUUGUAUUUCUUGUUAGUGGCCUUCUUCAUGUUCAUUUAGCUUUUAUUACGUUUGGUGAUUUUCGCGAUACCAUGUCUACCAUGACGUUUUUCCUUUUGCAUGGUCUAGCUUGUACUAUCGCAGCGCAUACACCAUUUCGGCUACGUGCGCCUGUAUCAUGGUUUCUUACUCUGUUCUUUCUUGUGGUAACUGCACCUCUACAAAACGGAUCAUUUACAAAACUAGGACCUGAUUAUUAUGCUGUUAAUAAACCACCAUUAAUUGACAAUAAAUGGAUACCAAUAUUAUCUGUACCGAACUUUUGCCCGAAAUGA